AGCGCAGGCUCCGCUUGCGGACACUCGCGGACCUUUUUCAGUGUGCUUUCCUUUUCUUCCCGGCAUUCCUGUUUCCGUUUUCUCAAGGCUCUUUGGUUUUUCCACCUCUGCGAGGCACUUGGCGCCCAGGGGUGCAGUGACGUCAUCAUUCUGCGCAGCGCGGACACCCGCCGGUGAAAGUGGGAACUGCUUUGGUGCCCUGCACUGCUUUUGUUGGGCUGCUGUUCGUCCGGAAUCAUGGCGCCGUCACUGUGGAAGGGGCUGGUGGGCAUCGGCCUCUUUGCCCUAGCCCACGCAGCCUUUUCCGCUGCGCAGCAUCGUUCUUAUAUGCGAUUAACAGAAAAGGAAGAUGAAUCACUGCCAAUAGAUAUAGUUCUUCAGACACUUCUGGCCUUUGCAGUUACCUGUUAUGGUAUAGUUCAUAUUGCAGGGGAGUUUAAAGACAUGGAUGCCACUUCAGAACUAAAAAAUAAGACGUUUGACACAUUAAGGAAUCACCCAUCAUUUUAUGUGUUUAAUCAUCGUGGGAGAGUGCUGUUCCGGCCUUCGGAUACAACAAAUUCUUCAAACCAAGAUGUGUUGUCCUCCAACACAUCGUUGAAGUUACGAAAACUUGAAUCACUGCGUCGUUAAGAUUUUUACAAAUCAUAACAACAGGACAGCACACAGAGCUGGAAUAUUGGAGUUUGGGGUAUAAAACACUCCCCCCCCCCCAUCAGUAUUUAUAUUGAUCUUUCAGACCUAACUAAAAAAAGUCUAUGGCCCUUGUUUGUAAACUGUUAAUCAUUGAUGCAGUAUAAAUUAUGUGUGAAAUAAGUCUUUGAUCUUUCAUAGAAUUCUUUUGUUUUUUUAAAACAAAUUCUCAUCUUUUGUAAAAGUCACUGUUUGAACACAGUUCUUUGCAAAAAAUGUCUAUGGUUUUGUAAUUAUUUAUUAGAUUUCUUUUCUUUUGCACUACAGUGUUUAGGAUCCUUUUGGAAAUCAUGUGACUACUGCAUUUUGCAGCAUGAAUCAUAGUAAAAUGUUCUUCAGUUCUUAACAACAAAUGGACUUCUCUAAAGAGAUUUAAAAAGGUGACUUAAUCGGUUUUUCUUAUGCCCCCUAAAAUGGCUCUGCUUCAGGAGAUAGUUGUCAGUUUUUAAUUUAUCCAUGACUUUUCACCCCACCCGACUUCCAUAUACCUUCUAACAUCAGCUGUCUUGUUUCAUCACUUCUCUGGGGUUCUGUGCGCAGUGAGCAAUUUUCAUGUCCGAAUUCUUUGUCAUAACAAAUAUAUUUAACAAACUCAACUUGCUGUAAAGCUACUUGUGUUCUCUUCUUUUAUCGGUAAGAAAUCUCCCUAAUUGGUUAUGUAGUAUAAGAAUAGUUGAAGAUAGACCAAAAAGACCAUUUGUGAUUUAAUUAUCCUGCCUACAUAGAAGACUAGUAAUUACUGAGGAAAACUGAUUUCUCAUUAGCCAGUUUAACUUAUUCAAAGUCUGCUAUUUUAUUGCACACCAUACGAGUGAGGUAGUAAAAGUAAACUUCUCAUUAAAGGUAGACUUCAAAGGAAUUGGGCCAAAUAUGUUCUAAAUAUUUGAAACUAAUAUUUGUAAUUUAAAAGAAAAUAAGGUCAUUUAAGAAAUUGUUUUGUAGCUUCUGAUUUCUAGCAGGCUUAGAAUUUUUCAUCUUUAUUGUAUGUUGCUGAAGAUGAGGAAGAAGAUAGAAUAUUUUUAGAAGCAGUACUUUUAAUUUUAGGGAAAAUUUGGCAGCUCUUUGAUCUGCAGAAAGCUUAACAUUUCUUUGUAGAGAACAUUUAUUGAAUUCUACAGGUAUGAAAACAUUGCUUAUGUUGAAUUGUAUCGAUGUAAAGGGAAUAACUACGCAGAUUUGAAGAGUAAAUGUGCUUUAGGCAAGAGUCAGAUGGUGCCCUUACACUUAAUGGCAUUUUUUCCAUUAGAAAUGGACCUCAGCUCUUCUGUUCUACCUGGUAACACACAGCCCCAAAGCAGAUGAUUUAUUUUGUCAUUGGGUUUUUAUUGUUGUUUUGUUUUGUCGACAUAGUCUGUCUGUGGAACACUGACUCUGCUCUCUAAGAACAAAGUUAGAAAUCUUCUAAUAAUCCAAAAUGAUUUGGACAUGAGUUAAAAAUGUGAAGUCAGGAGUUAAAAGUGAUGAUGAUAAAAUAAAAAUAGUGUGGGAGAAAGAAACUCCUUACACCAGGCUUCUAUACUGUUUCCUCAGGUAUGACCUGAUUUGCAAGGGCCUCUUGCUUUCUUCUGUCUUGGGGAUGUGUUCCUUUCCUAAUAUGUUUUUAUAACAACUUUAAUAAGAUAUAAUUCACAUACUUUACAAUUCACCCAUUUAAAAGGUGCAAUUCAGUGGUUUUGCAAUAUAGUCACAAGUUGUACAACCACACCCACAGUCAGUUUGAGAACAUUGUCAUCACCCCAAAAAGAAACCCUGUGUCCUCUAGCAGUCACAUCUCAUUUCACCCCAAUGCCUCCCAGCCCCGAGCAACCACUAGUCAAUCUACUUUUGAUCUCUAUGAUUGGCUACCUACUCUGGUCAUUUAAAUGGGAUUGUACAGUAUCAGGUCUUUCAUGACUGGUUUCCCAAAUAUAAUUCUAUGUGGAGUGAGAAGUUUUUCUCACCUUGGGAACUAACUGUGACUGCUGUGGAAAGACGUGGUUGGUAAAAUCUAGAUGGAGGACGGAGGGUUGGCUACCUAAGAGUUUAAUUUCUCAAUUAAUAUUAUGCUGAAUAGUUUUUCCUUAUAACCAAACAUUCGUGACAUACUAUUGGGUUGUUGGAAAAGUCAUGACGUAUUUUUUCUAUGUUGUUCAUUGCAAAAAUGCAUCACGAUUUUUCCAACAACCCAAUAUUACUUACAAUAUUUUGGCUAGUUUCUAGAAUGGAUAUUGAAAUCUUUGCUUACCUAGUCAAGAAAGUCCUGCUAAAAAUGAUGCCAAAUAAUUUUUCAAAUAAUUGACAUAGCAGUUUUCAGUCGUGUCUCACUUUGCUAGCAGCUUGUAGACCUCGGGCCAGGUGAGCUUCCCAAAUUUCGUCCUUAAUUUCCUCUAGUGAAUUUCUGCUAUCUUUUUCAAGUAUGUACCAUAGGACUAAAGGAAAUUUGAGUGCAUCAUAACAGUGCUAAAUGGAUUAACUUCAGAAUUUUAUUUAUAAUGCUAUGAGACAGUCCAUGACUACCUAAGGGUAGUCCCCAAAAUGUAGUGAUGUGAGUUAGUUCAGCCGGCAGUUGACUGAUUUCAGUGACGUUCAGAUAAUUGAACUAUUGAAGGCUCUCUAGACUGUAGGAAAAUGCACUUUUUAAUCAGAGAACCAGCCAAAUGCUAUGGGCUACCAGCCCCACUGUAGACAAUGCACAUCGGGGGAACCGGAGACUACGAUGCUCUGUAACUCCCUAAUGACUGCUUCCUAAGCACUGUAGCUUCUUUUUCAGUGGCAUGACAGCAUCUUCCUGGUUGUAUGUGGCCUGUUUCCAUGAUGUAUUGAGUAGUGUUUGUUGUGAGCAUCGAUGCCUGUAACACCAAGCUAAACACAUUCUUUUGGAUAUGUUCCCCUCUUUAAAUGGCCUUGCCCUGUCUAAUAAAUAAAUGAUUGUCUGACCCUCA